UUGUUGGUUCAAAUGAAUCGAGAUCCGCCUCCCUCUGCGCCCCUCAUUCACUUGUUUAGUUCCAUCUUUGUGGUUAGAAAUAUCGUUUUGGAGCAGACAUCCGAAUUGUUAUCAACACUUGGGUAACUGCAAAUAUCCCAGAAGUAUAUCAAAAUAUUCGAAGUAGGGGGUAAUCUUCCUAAAGCGUCGAACAGUCUUUCGGAAUUAGGAAGAAUUCACGACCAAAAUGGCACACACCAUUCUGUUAAUUCAACCUGGAAACAGACCAGAGACCAGGACUUACUCCGAUUACGAAAGCGUCAAUGAGUGUAUGGAAGGUGUAUGCAAAAUAUACGAAGAGCAUCUGAAGAACAGAAAUCCAAACACCCCAACGAUCACCUACGACAUCAGCCAAUUAUUUGAUUUUGUUGAUCAACUGACAGAUCUGUCCUGCCUGGUAUAUCAAAAAUCAACAAAUAGUUAUGCGCCAUACAAUAAGGACUGGAUCAAGGAAAAGAUUUACGUUCUCCUGCGCCGGGCGGCGGGACACAGCGAGUAAGGUCUCGAAUAUCUGCCUAGGAUCCAAAAAAUAUGAAAAUACACAAGAAUAUCACUUCUAGAUUACCUUUAUCAUACGUAUUAAGUUAAUGAUAAUUCAUGGUGUCUCUACUGUUUAUAAAAUAUAAAUUGAUUUAAGGAUUA